AUGUCCAACACACAGCCAACUCCGCCACUCAUCGCUUCGAGUCUCGUUGUUGGCGGCUGCGGCUUUCUUGGCUACCAUUUGGUACGAGGACUUCUGGAGGACCGGGAAUGCCGACACGUCUAUGUCCUUGACCGCGAUACGACAAGAAAUACACACGAAAAAGCCACAUAUUUCAAGGGAGAUAUAACCGACAGUGCUCUCUUACGACAAGUUAUUGAUCAAGUCCGGCCUAGUGUCAUCUUUCAUUGCGCGUCACCGAUGGCCACGUUACCCGCCAGUAGAGACGGCGAAUUCUACGCGACCAAUGUGAAGGGUACAGAGUUAUUGCUCAAACUAGCGACUGAGAGCGAUGUUCGAGCGUUUGUUUUGACGUCCAGCGUUGACGUGUACGCGAACCCGCCGUUUACAGAUGCCGACGAGACGUAUCCUCUCUGGUCGCCGCUGGACAAGUCAAACGAGUAUAACCGCACCAAAGCAAUUGGAGAUGUUCUUGUCCGCAAGGCGAAUGGCCCUCAAUUGCGUACUGUUGUGUUAAGACCAGGCCAUGCUUAUGGAGAGAGGCACAUCCAAGGCAUGGUUGAAGUACUCGACACGUGCGAUGGGGACAAGCAGUUAUUCCAGAUUGGCGACGGCAAGAAUUUGAUGGAGGUUGUUUCUGGUGAAAACAAUGCAAUCGCGCAUAUCCUUGCUGCCAAAGCCCUGCUCGAUCCAAGCCGAGCCUCUGGAAAGGUUGACGGCGAGGCCUUCAAUGUUUCUGAUGGCCACCCAGUACCCUUUUGGCAUCACAUCGGUGUCAUAUGGAAAGCCUCCCGCGGCAGAGAUGCCCUCAAAGACGUAAUUGUCGUAACCGCAUGGAUAAUGGUUGUAGUGGUCGAACUUGCAGAGUGGCUGUUCUGGAUAUUCUCUCUCAACACGGUCAAGCCACCUGUUCAGCUUCGAAGAGUAUCGAUGGAGUACUGCAUCUAUACACAUACUCAUAGUAUUGAAAAGGCAAGGAAGAGGCUGUUGUUUAACCCAGUAUCGGAUCAUGAUGAUGUGGUGGCAAAGUCGGCGAAAUGGAUGUUGAAGUAUCGGGAGAGCAUGAAGCAGAAGGCAGAAUAG